CCAAACCCGACACACACUCCCUCAAAUACUUCACCGUCAGAAUGCCAUAACCAAAAGCAAUCCACAGAGCUUCUGACGCCACAAUGGGCGGUUGCACCUCCAAGCCAUCGAAACCCAACCCCUACGCUUCCAGGGAAGACCCGAAUGACCAAGACGCCCCCUCCCACCACUCCAAAUCACCGCCACCGCCACUCCCUCCUCUCACCCCCGGAAACGAAGUGCUCACCGGCAAAAAGUCGCGGUUCUUCCCCUUUUAUAGCCCCAGCCCAAGCCCCAGCCCGGCGCACUUCCUCAAGAGCGCAAGCUCGACCCCGAGGCGGUUCUUCCGGCGGCCUUUCCCUCCGCCGUCGCCGGCGAAGCACAUAAAGGCCGUGCUGCUGCGGCGGCAGGGGCGCAGAACGAAGGCCUCUGCGGCGGCGAUACCGGAGGAGGGGGAUGAGGAGGACGGUGGUGAGGUGGACCUGGACAAGCGGUUCGGGUUCUCCAAGGAGUUCACGAGUCGGUUGGAGGUCGGAGAUGAGGUUGGGAGAGGCCACUUUGGCUACACUUGCUCCGCCAGGUUCAAGAAGGGUGAGCUCAAGGGCCACCAGGUCGCCGUCAAGGUCAUCCCCAAAGCCAAGAUGACAUCAGCAAUUGCGAUUGAAGAUGUGCGAAGGGAGGUGAAAAUAUUGCGAGCCUUGACAGGACAUAACAAUCUAGUACAAUUCUAUGAUGCAUUUGAAGACCACGAUAAUGUCUACAUAGUAAUGGAGUUAUGUGAAGGAGGGGAGCUUCUAGACAGAAUACUUUCAAGGGGUGGAAAAUACUCAGAAGAUGAGGCAAAGGCUGUCAUGGUACAGAUACUGAAUGUGGUUGCAUUUUGUCAUCUUCAGGGUGUGGUGCAUCGAGAUCUUAAACCGGAGAAUUUUUUGUAUACUUCCAAGGAUGAGAACUCCAAGUUGAAAGCCAUAGACUUCGGCUUAUCAGAUUUUGUCAAGCCAGAUGAAAGGCUUAAUGACAUUGUCGGAAGUGCAUAUUACGUUGCCCCUGAAGUUCUACAUAGGUCUUAUAGUACAGAGGCUGAUGUAUGGAGUAUAGGCGUAAUAGCUUAUAUUCUAUUAUGUGGUAGUCGGCCAUUUUGGGCUAGGAAUGAAUCUGGAAUUUUUAGGGCGGUCUUGAAAGCUGAUCCAAGUUUUGAUGAAGCACCUUGGCCUUCUUUAUCUUCAGAAGCAAAGGACUUUGUCAAGCGGCUGUUAAAUAAGGACCCACGAAAACGAAUGACAGCUGCUCAGGCGCUUAGUCAUCCUUGGAUCCAAACUUAUAGUGAUGUAAAAGUCCCUCUUGACAUAUUAAUAUUUAGGCUUAUGAAGGCUUAUAUGCGAUCGUCACCCUUGCGUAAGGCUGCUUUAAGGGCCCUGGCUAAGACAUUGACUGUAGAUGAACUCUUUUAUCUGAAGGAGCAAUUUGCCCUUUUGGAGCCGAACAAAAAUGGCAGCAUUACCUUCGACAAUAUUAGGAUGGCCUUGAUGAAAAAUGCAACAGAUGCAAUGAAGGAGUCUCGCAUCACUGAUUUUCUUGCGUCGCUGAAUGCACUUCAAUACAGAAGAAUGGAUUUUGAAGAGUUCUGUGCAGCUGCAUUAAGUGUGCAUCAGCUGGAGGCGCUUGACCACUGGGAACAACACGCCCGUUGUGCAUUCGAACUUUUCGACAAGGAUGGUAACAGGGCGAUUGUCAUUGAAGAACUUGCUUCAGAGCUUGGCCUUGGUCCCUCCAUUCCCGUUCACGCUGUUCUUAACGACUGGAUAAGGCACACCGACGGGAAGUUAAGCUUUAUGGGGUUUGUCAAGUUGUUGCAUGGCGUAUCUACCCGAACCCUUGCAAAGGCUCAAUGAAGACAUAAUAAUAAUGCAGUAGUAUCUGUCGGGAAUGACAGCUUCUCUCUAUGCAUGCCUUUUCAGCCAAAUGAAAUGCAUGGGACUUGUCAAUACACACACACUUGAGCUGUUUGAUUAAAAUCUGGAAGGUUUAGAUUUCAGGCGACCCACAUCGGCAGAGAUGAUGAGCCUUCUAUCUUGAGAGUGUUCUUCGAGAGGAGUUUGAACCCUGUAGAAACUGCAGGCGCUUUGUAUUGGUUAAUUUCUAAGGCCAUGGGAGUUAGUUACCGUUUGUAUUCCAGUGUAAAGUUGUAGUUAGUUUACCUGAACAGGCGACGAUAUUGUCUUUAUAUUUUCUUAUUGAUGAUUUAUACAUGUUUCAUUUAUCACAUCUCUCGAACUUGUGCU